AAUCCCCCAAAAGUCACACGAUGGCACACGAGCAGCUGAACACCAACAAGACAAAGAUAAGCAUUUCGCGAUGUCAUCGUGCCGACUUUAGGCAUUUCGACGUAUCGGGACGAAGCGUUUAUAUGCUCAAACGUGAUGAUGGUUGCCAGUCACGGUAUGCGAUACUAAAUUGUACUUAUAAGUAACGAGACUCGCAGUUGAAUGAGAUGUUGUCGCAGCGCCAUUUACACUGUGAUGAUGAGGGGUCUCGAGAUUGUCGUCCAGCGUUACCAUUUUGACCCCGCGAUGGUUCAACAUGACGUUGGUCAGCAUCAUUUCAUCGUGAGGUAUGGGAGGGAUGACGACACGAGAGAUGAGAGCUGGAGUUAUAUGAAGCUGCCCCUCCCAGCACUGCACUGUCUCUUCAGAUUCAAUUUAAACACCAAGAGACUUACACAAGAUUAUACGAUACAGCAAAACAAAAACAUCAUGUCGGAGAGAAGAAGGUCUUCUGGCCCAAAGGCCCCUACUGGUCUCAAUGAUGAGACGGCCGAAGAGGUCCACGAUAUUAUCCACCAGGCCGAGAUGGAAGAGCAAAAGAUGCACGGCAAGGAUGCGCUGUGUCAGGAUGAUGUCGGGCCUAGUGAGGGUGGAGAACAAAAACAGCAGUCGGCCAUGGGCAAGGUCAAAGAGGCGCUGAAUCUGGGCAAAUAAAUGUCGUGACGACAGGCCACCGCCCUGACAAUGGUAAUCCUUUCUUAUGUCGGCGUUGAUACCAGAUUGUUACAAUUAAUUGAUCUUUAAUUUAAUUCGGCAACGCGGACUAAUUGUUCAAUUGAAUGGGCAUGAAACAAAACAGAAGGGUAUCUUGACAUUAUCAUCCUCCACCAUCAUCAGCAUCGCAUCAAUCAGCGCAUCACAUCCCAAGAGCAAGACACGCCGAAAACAAAACAACAAUCGCCAGAGCCAUUCCACCCGGCCUCUCCAACCCCAUCGCACCAUCCUCAUCCACUGGCUUCCCAUCAGCAGCGCUCACCUUCUCACCACUCGGAUACCGAAUAUUAACAACCGCUUCCCCCUUCAACUCAUCCGGCACGCCCAUCGUAUGCGGACACUUUGCUUGGUUCUCCGCCGGAUAGUCCAACUCACACGUCUCGUCGUGUCCAAGAGUGCAUAUCGAGUCGAGGAUGUUGUAAAGAACGUAAUUAUCGCCAACCCACGUACUCUCAUUCCGAUCGAGGCACGAUGUUAAAAAGUUCAUGCUAUUCGCUGCGCUAAGCGGUAGUCUGCUCUUUUUUGUAUGUAUUAAAUCGGAGCAUUUGGAUGCGUCGACGUUGGAAUAUGUCAUCUCGACGGGACCGCCGGCCCUGGGCUUGUCGGUGGCCGAGUAGCCUGUGUAGAGGUAAUUCCACGCAUCGUAGCUAACGUCGUAGGCGCCUUGCGAUUGAUCGACGCGGAGGAGAUGCACGGUGCGGUCUUCGUAUGUGAGCGCGAUGCAGAUAUUGUUACAGUCGACGGAAUACGGCCAGUAGGCGAUGCGAUUCGUGUUGACCUGGCGAUUGUUAGCUUGGCUCCAUUGACUGAGUAAUGUCGCGUACUUUGCACCCGGGGACGCCAAUUGACGAGGAGUAGCUGUCAUGCGGCGUCGCCCAAACCGUCCCACCGUCUGAUUUGCGCGCGAGAGAUAGAGAUACUAGGGAGUGGACGAGCAGCGAGAGCCGCAGCAUUUUGAGGGAGUGACGAGACGCCUGACGUAGGCGGAUUAAGAGGAAUGAGUGAUUGAAGGCAUUUUUUGCGACAAGCCACGCGAGAGAGGAGGAAACGGGGAAGUAUUAGGGGUCUGGGGCAGAGAAUUGGCCCUGAUCUUUACUGCUUUGAGAUUAAGCAUUGAUUACGAGCAUGGAGUUAGGCCGCUUUUGGGAUGAUAUGGCGAGAGGUGACAGGGGUUGGGAUGAGUUGUUUUUCGGCAUUUCGGGAGAUGAAUGAUUGAACAGUCGAUAAGGCAUUCUUGCUUCAGUGAUGAGUCGAGAAGCCACGAAGCAGUUGAGGCGAGACCCGGAGAAAUUAUCCAGCUUGUCAUGUGUUAUUAAGCUUUAUAAACAAUGCGACACCAGCUAACGACUUAGCCAAAACAAUGACGUUCUCUGGGGGAUGCAGUAAAGGCUUCUAUCCUAGGUGAUAAAAAGACUUAGGUGGGUUUAGCCAGGCCUUUAGGCCAGUUAAUUUUGGCACUUUGGCUCAACGUCACAAGUUUCCUUGCUCCCCUGGGUCUCUGGAUCAAACCGCCCACGGACCAACCACUCAACCAAUCACCUCCACAAAAUAUUGACAGUUGAAGCCCCGUAUCUCGCAUCAUGAUCCCCCUUUCAAGCCACCUCCACAAAAACCCCUCUUGGCAGGGCUGAGCUACAGAAACCGAC